GAUACCUCUAUGCUUCAACGCGUCAACGAGCUGGAUAAUACCCUCAUUCAAUGAAACAGCGAGUUCCAGGGAAUCCCUGACCAGACACAUCGAUGAGAUUGUGCAUCGGCAGUCCAACGAGUCACAAGAAUUUUGGCUCAACGUUCAAAUGACAUCAUGGUCCAGCGGACGGAGAUGUUACAGAAGAACUUGGUCCAGGAGAUGUCCAAGUUCCAUAACAGCGUCAUUCGACCGCUGUUUGAUGGAAUCCACGGGAAGCUCGUAACUCGUGAUGGGGAUAUUAAGUGAGAGUUCCAGAAUGUCAACGAGAGAUUCGAUCGCGUGAAUGCUAGAAUCGAUACCUUUAAUAUGGAUAUGAAACGAGAAUUCAACAAUGUCAACAAACAGUUUAUUUACAUGGAGAACCGACUUGAUGUAGUCGAUACCAAGGUGAAUCAAUUGGGAGUCAGAAUAGAAGGGCUUGAGACAAACGAGGAGCAACUGAAGGUCAAGAUAGACAGAGUUGAGGUCUGGGCACUUUUGAGAGAAUUCUCCGGAGCUCCAAAACCGCCUUUCUCAAUCAGCGGAUCUUCCCAUUACAGAUGUAUGACCCAGAUGGGUCACCAAUUCCUAUCCCCUUCGCCUGUCUUCCCCUUACAGCAAUAGCGUUUAUCACCUGAAGGAAAGCAAACAGUGUAUAUUGUCCCCUAUAAAGUCACAGAUGUGUCACUGACACCACCAAGGGUCCAAGUUGAGGAAUCUCAUCGAAUACUACCGACUGCAGGCAGAC